GCGGGGCCUGCGGCGCGUGACCUCGCUGCGGGAGGCAGGAGCCUGGAGAAAGGUGUAGAGGGGCCGGGACCAGCGGACUCCGGAGUCCGCAGGCGGGGCGGGGAGUGCCUGGGCAGAGGCGGCGGGCGCCCGGUGAAGCGCUAAAGCAGGUCACGCUUCCUCCUUCCCUCCCCGCCCCUUCUCCUCCUCCCACCUGGGCCUCUGCGUGGAGACGCGCACCUGGCAACCGGCGGCCCUGCCCCGCCGCGUCCCCGCCUUCUCCGCUCGGGCGGGGUGCCCCGAGCCUGCCCCGCACCCCGAGCCGACCCCGGCGCUGGCGCUCGCCCCUCCGCCUCUGCCGCGCUCGCCGGAGGCGGCCUCGAGCGCUCGCUCGUUGAUGCCGUUUUGGGGGUGACCCGGCGCGACGGCGGCGCCUCCAUGGUGGGGGCGUGUUAGUGGCCGCGACUCUGCCGGACGUCGAGUGCGCGGUUGCCAGGGGGGCAGAGUAGCCAGCCAGUGCGACCCCGCGCGCAGCUCGGGUUUCGGGGCGCUGGAGGAGGCCGCCACGGCCGCGCGGGAGCGGGAGAUGUUGGAGCUGAGGCACCGGGGAGGCUGUCCCGGCCCCGGGGGAGCGGUGGCGCCGCCACCCCGCGAGGGAGAGGCGGCCGGCGGCGAUCACGAAACCGAGAGUACCAGUGACAAAGAAACAGAUAUUGAUGACAGAUAUGGAGACUUGGAUUCCAGAACAGAUUCUGAUAUUCCUGAAAUUCCACUAUCUUCAGAUAGAACCCCUGAGAUCCUCAAGAAAGCUCUAUCUGGUUUAUCUUCAAGGUGGAAAAACUGGUGGAUUCGUGGAAUUCUUACUCUAACUAUGAUUUCAUUGUUUUUCCUGAUCAUCUAUAUGGGAUCAUUUAUGCUGAUGCUUCUGGUUCUAGGCAUCCAAGUGAAAUGCUUCCAUGAAAUUAUCACUAUAGGUUAUAGAGUCUAUCGCUCUUAUGACCUGCCAUGGUUUAGAACAUUAAGCUGGUACUUUCUACUGUGUGUAAACUACUUCUUCUAUGGAGAGACUGUGGCUGAUUAUUUUGCUACAUUUGUUCAAAGAGAAGAGCAACUUCAGUUCCUCAUUCGCUACCAUAGAUUUAUAUCGUUUGCCCUCUAUCUGGCAGGUUUCUGCAUGUUUGUGCUGAGCUUGGUGAAGAAACAUUAUCGUCUGCAGUUUUAUAUGUUCGCAUGGACUCAUGUCACUCUACUGAUAACAGUGACUCAGUCACAUCUUGUCAUCCAAAAUCUGUUUGAAGGCAUGAUAUGGUUCCUUGUUCCAAUAUCAAGUGUUAUUUGCAAUGACAUAACUGCUUACCUUUUUGGAUUUUUUUUUGGGAGGACUCCAUUAAUUAAGUUGUCGCCUAAAAAGACUUGGGAAGGAUUUAUUGGCGGCUUCUUUUCCACAGUCGUGUUUGGAUUCAUUGCUGCCUACAUGUUAUCCAAAUACCAGUACUUUGUCUGCCCAGUGGAAUACCGAAGUGAUGUUAACUCCUUUGUUACAGAAUGUGAACCCUCUGAACUUUUCCAGCUUCAAAGUUAUUCACUUCCUCCCUUUCUAAAGGCAGUGUUGAGACGGGAAACAGUGAGCUUGUAUCCUUUCCAGAUACACAGCAUUGCUCUUUCAACAUUUGCAUCUUUGAUUGGCCCUUUUGGAGGCUUCUUUGCCAGUGGAUUCAAAAGAGCAUUCAAAAUCAAGGAUUUUGCAAACACCAUUCCUGGACAUGGCGGGAUAAUGGACAGAUUUGAUUGUCAGUAUUUGAUGGCAACUUUUGUGCACGUGUACAUCACAAGUUUUAUAAGGGGUCCGAAUCCCAGCAAAGUGCUACAGCAGUUGUUGGUGCUUCAACCGGAACAGCAGUUAAAUAUAUAUAAAACCCUGAAGACUCAUCUGAUUGAGAAAGGAAUUCUACAGCCCACCUUGAAGGUAUAGCUGGAUCCACAAAGGGAAGGACUAACCAUAAGGAGUUCUACAGGAAAGCACUGACCGAUGAAAUUUUGAAAUUGCACAGAAAACUUGUUGAAAAUGCAAUAGAUUGAAGUUUUAUGACACGAAUGUCUUUUCUCGAAAUUACUGUGAAUAUUUAACACUUACUUGAUCUAAGUUAUGAAAUAAGUAGCAAAUUAUCAGCAAAAAAAUCCUGUACUUUUUCUAAAGUGUAUUUUCUGAUGUUAACUUCCUUCCCCAACUUGCUAGGUUUCAUAAUGUAAAAGACUUGUGUUUUAAAGAUUCAAAGGGAAAAAGAGUAAAUUGAGGAUGUCUUAAGAUUGCAUCUGGCAUUGUGCCCUUUGCACAAAUAUUUACUUUUGUACUUGGAGCUACUCUUAAUUUUAACAAAAUGUUUUGUGUAAGGCACAAUAGGAAGUUAGUUCUCCUGCACUUCCUCCUCUCAGUCUGAAGUCCUUUCUGAAGGGCUGAGUUGGAUCCAAAAAAGAAAAAAAAUCUUGUCCGUUUUUCAAAGAAAUAAGUAAUCAUUUGCCAGGGGAAAACAUGCCAUUUUUAGAUAGGUUCAAAAAGAGCAGAUACCAAACUCGACUCCUGAUAAAAUCAUUUGGAAAAACAUGACAGUUGCAAAAAAAAAAAAAAAAAAAAAGUGUUCAAGAAAAACAAAGGAGAAAUCUGCUCUGAAGGACAUGAUUUACAUGAUUUAGGCAUCUUUCACAGAUUCUCUCCACAGCCGAUCACAGCUCAGAAGGUCGAGGAUGGAGAUGAAGGCCCCCGGCCGCCUCUUGGUCGAAUCCUCUGCUUUUCUUUGUUUCCCAGUGAACUGGUGUCCAUCAGUUCUACAGCCUCCAAGCCCGUAAGAUCAGUGUAGGGGGUAGUGAGCUGGGGUGGUGGCUGACGCAGAGCUGGAGGGGCCUGUCCCCAGCCGGGGCUCUGCAGGCCUAUGUCCUGGGGAGCCUCCCUGCUGGCACCCUGGGUGGGCAGCCCUCGGGACACUCACCUGGCGAGGAGGAAGAUCAGCCCGCAGACUCAAGCCCAGGCCCACUCCCUGCUAACAGCUCAUCUUCGCUCCCUUCCUCUUGUACAUCAUGAAAUCUGAGGACAUCAGCUGAUGAUUUUUUUCUUCCAAGAAUGAAAAUCAAGCAGAAGUGAUUCUCAUCAAGAACCAAAAGCACACGAAUGCCAAACCUUUCCUCUGUGGGACUGGACACUGUAACCAGAUGAGAAGUGUAUUCUCAUCAGUGACUGUGAAUAAGCUGCGGUUGCUGUGUGCGCUCCGCGACCGUAUUUGCUGUAGAGCACGGAUCGGGGUGGGGCACAGAGCCUUCCAGACGUGGCCUCGUGCUCUGUGGCGUACUGUUCAGAGGGGAGAAAAAGAGAUUUUCAAGACUGUUUUGCUAAUGAAAAGAGUAAUAUUUUUGUUUAAAUCAGAAACAGAUUUCAGUUAUUUUCUAUUUCCGUUCUCCUCCGGUACCUGGAAUAAGAGAUGAUGGAUCUGCCCAGGAUCCGUGGAUGUGAGUCGGUAACUGGCAGCUUCUUCUGUGCACUACAGGCCUGCAGGAGAUCUAGUUACACUCUGUACCGGGGAUCUGAGUUCUCGGUUUGGCACGCACGCAGUCAGUUCGCCUGCACGGGAUGUGUUCAGUCAGCAUUAUUUAAGACCGUCCCGUAAAAACCUAGAAUUGGCACUGGAAAUGUUAUUACAGAAGGGAAUGAUUCCUUUUCGAGUCAGGCUACCUGCAGGUUUGAUUUUCAGCAUCUCUCAUUUAUAUUUGCCUCAUUAAAAGCUCCAGAUGCUGAUCGUAAAAGAAUUUAGAUUAGCAGAGGUUAAAAAAUACGAUGAAAAAUUUGCCACAGGAACUUACAUUGAAAACUUGGUGAUAUGCACAAUAAGAACUUCUUGGAGAUAUGUGGUUCCCUCUGCAUUUUUCCUUAAAGUGAUUGGUGAGGCACUGCAAUGCAGAAUUAUAAGAGAGCAUUACUGAAUACACGUAUUAUAAAAUCAAUCUUAUUAUAAACAAAAUAUGAAGCUAGAAAUAUUUGGGGGUCACAGUAAUAAUAGCUUUCAUCAAAUAUACUUUUAGAGUUGGGUGUACAUUAUUCUAUAUAUAAAAAAGUAAAUUCUUAAUUUUAACAGAGCUCUAACGAUUGACCUUUUUAGUGUACUUUUAUAGCAUGUAUAUUAAAAUAGAAUAUAUUUUAGCAAAAGAUUGCCAUAAAACCCUGACUUUAAUCAUUUUUAUAUUCGUGCUGUGAAGAGAGCUUCAAUUCCAGUGUGGGAAUGGGGUGAAAGUAAAAGGCUGGGAACUUCCUUCACAGUAAUGGCUACUUGUUCCAAAUUUGCUAUUUUUGGAGGGACUGUACUUGUACUAAUUGCUUGACUUUUGAAUAUGUGGGAUGCAAAUGUUUCCUCAGUGCUUUUCCCCUGUGGUGAUACAUACACAUUUACUGUCUGUGAAUAAAAAGACCACACCUACCACCCCUCCCCCGCUUUUGUUUCGUUUAUCAUCUCUCUUCCCCCGGACUUGGGUUUGAACAAAGACAGUAUCACCUCAUUCAGUGCAAAAGGAAAAAGUAGAAAGUGGACAUAUACUGUAUAUGGGUGGAAGAUAGCUUAUGAUUUGUGUCCAGUUCUCUGAAUCUUUUACGAAAACUGAGCUAGGAAAAUAAAAUUGAAACAAAUCAUA